UAUUAAAAAAUAAUUUGACUAAUUUAAAAAGCAUUUAAAAAUAUCCUGCAUUUCUCCGCCGAAUUAAAAACAAAUAUCUGAAGCUGCCUCCUACGUCAUCAACUAUUUAAAGCAUUUUCUGACGCCUCAUAAACCGGAAAGCAAAGUUUUUUAAGGACAAUAAAAAUGGCUCUACACGCACACAGCAUCAAUACGGUGCGCUCCACCACCAGCCUGAGCAACAUGAUCAAUAGCAACGGCAACGAUCUCGCGAAUGGCAAUAACGAUCGUCGUCAUAUUGUCGAUAUACUGGUCGGCGUGGUAGCUGUGCCUGUGCUAAUACUUUUCGCCUUGCAAUUGGAAAAGAAUCUACAAAAUAUGACCAAUAGUCCAUGGUUGGUAUUCGUAUUGGGUGUGGGCCUGCUAAUGGUGAUUAUGAUAAUUAUCGGUUAUGUAACACAUCGACUGAGUGUCUGCUGUUGGACGGGACCCAUCGACGAGCUGGGCAAUCGUACGGAUGGACGCGGCAUGCCGCAUAUCAACACACAGAAUGAUAUAUUGCGCAUUAUGGACACACUGCCGCCCAGUUAUGAAACGGUUGUCAAGCAUGAAAUUCCGCCGCCACCCUACGAUUGUGUUAUUGUCAAUUUGGACCAAUGCAAGGAUCAACAACAGUCAACGCCAGCGACGGUAACUGUGCCCACAACGAGCAAUUCGGCGACGCAGGCAAGCGUUAAGGAGACGCCAACAACAAAUGCAACAGUGCUACAUAUUUGAGCUUGUAAGCAUAGUACAAGCCGAGGAAUGAACUGUUUCUACAAGUUCUGUUAUGUUUCAUAUGAAGCUAACGACUUUUAUUAUACGCACAUAAAGGACGAUUUGCAAUUAGCUUUACGGAGAGAGAUAUAAAAAGAGAUCCACAUCUUUGCAGUAGAGAAUCGUAGAGGAAGAAGAAGA